AUGCCAGAAGCAGCUGGCACUGCGGCGGCCGCGCCGAAACCCGCAGAUCGUGCUGUUCCUGUGACGCUCAACGAAGCGGUCCUCGAUUCGCCAACUUUCCGCGCAACCGCUACUCAUUUUGCCGACCAGGUUGACGCCGUUGAGAAAUGGCUCAAUGGCUAUGUCGCCUCGACACAGAAGCUCAUGACCGGGCUUCUUUCUCUCGAAGAUACCAUCAACAACUACCUCUCCAAGACGACACCUUUCCCCGACAACGUCAUCGACAACGACUACACCCUGCUAGCUCUCAAGCGCACCAGCGAAGGCACGCGAGAGUUAUGGACGCAAUUACUCAACACUCAGAAACGGAUGGAAACAGCCGUCAUCGAGCCCAUUCGCUCGUUUCUCACGGGGGAACUGCGAAACUUUAAGGAGAUAAGGAGAAGCUUGGAGCAGACUCAGAAAGCCUACGACACGACUCUCGCCCGUUAUACAUCUCAGUCGAAAACAAAGGAGCCCUCUGCCCUCCGCGAGGAUGCCUUCUCCGUAUACGAGAAUCGAAAGUCAUACAUCCAAGCCGCCAUGGAUUACUGCCAGCUGGCGCCCCAGCUCCGCUUCUCUCUGGAUCAACUGCUUGUUAAGGUCUGCUGUGAUAUAUGGAAGGAGAUGAACCGGGGCCGCGAUGCAGCCGCGAGUGCUACCCGAUGGAGCCGAGAGCUGGAUCGUGUCCGGGGUUGGGCCAAGGAAAUGGAACUGUCAGAUAACGUCUUCAGACGGGAGAUGCAGAACGCGAGAAAGGACAUUAGCGAUGCGACCUUUGAGGGGUUCAAGCCUUCUCGAGAACUGGAAGACUAUAGCACCUCAACCGUAGCCUUCCUGGGCUCACGCGGACCUGUUAGCGUACGCCCAACCGACGAGGGCGCCGCAAUUACUGAGAUACAAGGCUGGUUAUUUUUGCGAGUUGCUAGCGGCAAGCCAGUCAGAUACAACUGGGUUCGGCGGUGGUACUACUGCCGAGAUGGCGUGUUUGGAUGGCUCACCCCUGGACCGCAAGGAGUUCUACAAGGAGAUGAAAUUGGUGUGCUACUUUGUAACGUCAAGCCGGCCGCCGGUGAGGAACGACGGUUUUGUUUCGAACUAAAGACGAAAAGCCGCAGCAUGUUGAUGCAAGCUGAGACGCAGAAAGAGCUGAUGGACUGGCUGGAGGUUUUUGAAGUAACAAAAAAAAAAGCAUUCGAGGCCACCAUGGACAGAGACAACAGCGCCCUGACCGGUGGCAUCGACCCAGCAUUCUCAAUUUGCCCCCCAAGCAUCCCGGAGUUUUCAGCCAAGAGCGUCGAUGCGCAAAUGGGCUCAUCGGACGACACUGUAUCAAGCACCGAUCGUACAGCCAACCUGGCUAUUCCAGGGGCAGAAGGUAGCGCAUCCGCACGACAGAGUAUCGAUCCUAACGGGACCUUGUCUCGUCGAUCAAUAUCUGCGCUUGGGCGAGACCUAGCGCGAGAGGAGGGCGAGAGCGGUCGAGAACACGCAGCGAGGAUCAUCCAGAAGCUUGACCUUCACCGCAAAGCGACGUUCGGCGCCAGCCCCGAGCCCACGUUGACGACGUCCAGCUCAUCCGGAGGCCUGUCCAGCAUGAUUUCUGGGAAUCAAAGCUCCCAGCUCGUAGGAAACUCUUCGUCUCUUACAUCUUCAGGCCAGGCCAAGUUUACGGGGGUUGCGCUUCCGCUGUUGGACAACAAGCCAGGCACACUUGCCCCUCCUACUCUGGCCCGCCCUCCCACUAUUACGAGCUUGAGCCGCACCGCUGUGCUCAUCGCUGGAGAACGAGGCCACGUCUUGGAAGGCAAGAGACUUCCUACGUCAGUCGUAGCCAACUACUGGGGUAGCAAUGUUUGGGGCAACAUGAAUUCAGAGCCAGCUGUGGCUACCCGACUGGACGACGACGAUCCCAUCGGCGUUGUAGUUUCUGAAGGCUCCCAGACACCGCUCGGUGAAGCAGUGCAGGCGAAAAAGGCCAGCGAGUCUCUACCAGCCGGCUACCCCCCCGAGCUGAGAAUCCAGCAUGCACAGUUUAGGCUUUUAUUCCCCAACGCACCACCAGAAGAGAGACUGGUGCUUGUUUUCCGAGCGGCUUGGUCGAGCUCGCUGGAACGGGGUUCUGAAAGCGAACUCCUUGCCGGUGAUGGCAGAAUCUACGUGACAGCAGAGAAUAUGUACUUCUAUGGCCAGCAGCUGGGUCUGGUCACAGCCUAUAGUAUCCACCUGGACAUCAUCACCGAGGUGACUGCUGCCUCUGGUAGAGAUUGCGACUUCAUCUUCUUGCAUCUGGGCCAGGAGCUCAACGAUACCGGAUACACAAGGAUCACCGUCAAGGUGUUCCUUGACGAUCUGAAGUUGCUCCACGCUCGUCUCAAUCUCCUAGUGGACAAUCUGCAGGCGGAGGAGCCGCUGGAUACUCUGGGCAUCAUUAGUGCCUUGAUUAACAUUGAUAAGCACGAAUACGAGAAACCGAGCCCAAGCGCUGAGAGCUGGGAGGAGAUAUCAUCAACCACACCGAUGGACAAUGGUACAGCUUUGGGAGGGCCGGUAGAGCGGAGUGCUAGUCCCUUGCCACGCCUGAUAGCUCCCGUUUCUGGACAGAAGCUGCCGCCGAAACUGAACCUACCAAAACAUGAAGUUAUUUACGAGCCGGAUGACAUGAAGGAGAUGGCGGCUGAAAGGCAUUUCGAAAUUAGUGCAAAGGCAUGCUUCCAUGUCCUGUUUGGAGACAAGAGCUUUGUGUUCCCCAAGCUCUACUUUGAGCACCGUGCGAAGCAGAUUGCUCAGGGACCAUGGUCGGCGGGAAGUGACAAGGAGCCAAUGAAGCGUGAGUUUCACUUUAAGAUAGACUACGUUGACGUCUUUGGCCGGUCGCGGACGGCAGACAUACGGGAUUUCCAGACAAUCGACGUGUUUAACGAUCACGUCACGUAUGUGGUUACGCAUACGAGGACUGCGUGGCACCUCCCUCAUUCACAAUUCUUCAAGCUGGUGACCAAGGUCGUCAUCACAUAUGUGGCCAAGUCCAAGUGUAAGCUGGCGUUUUACGUCCGCGUCGACUGGUCGAAAUCACCGCCUUGGUCGAAGAGUCUAGUGGAACGCCAGGCUCUCCGUGAUGCAGUAAGCGAUGCUGAGGAGCUGGCAGAACUUGCCACAGAUCAGGUUCACAAACUGGGCUCGAGAAGUCGCACCAACAGAGCCAUACAGGUAUACGGCCAGGUAGGACACCAGACGCAGAUGGUGGUCUUCUCACCAGCACCAACCGACGCGAGGAAGAGGCAGGCCAUCAAGCCUCGCACGCUCACGGCUAUGCUGUUCGAAACGGUCCGGUCUCUUGGUGAAAGUGUCGUCUCAUCUGUGAUUUUGUGGAUCAUUGCUGUGUUGAAAAAGGUAUUCGACGUUGUGACGGCACAUCGGCUUAUUCUGUUGCUCCUAGGACUGAGCAUAGCUACCAACCUGAUGCUCUCGUCAACAGAGUCAUUGACUUGGUGGCAGGAGCGGCGAGCAGCGAACUUUAUGCGCAGAGUUGGCGUGUCGCCGAACCACAUGAUGAGCAAGGCAAUCUAUCUUGCGGAUCUGCACGAAGCUUCCGGCGCCGACAAUGAUGAGCCGCCGUUCCCUCAGAACAGCACGUGUUUCAGCACGUUCAGGGAGCUCUUGGAUACGACAAGUAUGGAUUCUCCGUGGGAGGAAGCGGGAGCCUCGCUGUCUCUGCCAUCAAGCCGAGCAACGGCGCGACGGCUGCGGAGAACACGACAGAGGCUGGGGAUGUAUCGACACGAUUUGCUUGUAGCGAUGAGGGUCGUCAACAGCGUUGAGCGGGAAGUGCUGCAGUCAGAAUGGGAAAACUGGCUGGAGAAUGAAAAGUCUCUCUGCGAUAAUCUCGAGGAGAUGUUACACGACGACAAGGGUAGGAGCAGCAGUAAGGACAAGACAGGCGAUUCGUCGUCGCAAAAGGCCGUGGGUUCAAUCCCGCCGGAACGGAGGAGGGCCCUCGAGGCAUGGCGUGACGAUUAUUGUGGAAGUUGUCGGAGCGACCAUGCAUCUGCUGUGCAGGCGAGAAGGCUUCCGGAGCAGCCGGUCAGGAGUCGGUGGAGUCGGAGGUGCGAACCGCUGCGGGCACUGGGGCCGAUCGAGUGGGACGAGGUGCCGGUCGACGACCUCAAGCCGUUUAUGAACGAGGCCUUCGUUGAUGCGCAAACCGUCGUCGAGUCGGUUCCGUCUCCAACUACGGCCACUGCGACGGGAGCGGGAGCGGCAUCAGCGGCGGCGGUUUUCGAACAAGCCGAGAUAUCAUAUUCGCAGCGCCAGCCUGGGUCGUCACUGGCCAUGGCCCAGCAGCUGCGAAAGGAGUGGAAGGAGAUCAAGAUGAAUGCAAAGGACAAUCCGCUCAAUAUCAGCGUCUGGAAGCUUGCCGCAAAGGAUGGCAAGGGGGCGUGGUUCGCUAGACGAAGCCUUCACCAUGGCUUGACGUAUGAUAACUGGAAGACGGGCCUCGAGAAGGAGUUUCCGGAGACGCUCAAAGUACAAGGCUCGCCGGGCAGCGGAAACAUUCGAGGUGUUGGUGCAGAUAGGCAUGUUGAGAGUCAACAAGUUGAGGGUUCGGGACACUUGAGUGUGUUCCAAUUAUCAGCGCAAUUCCCUGGUCCUACAGCCCCGAGAGAUUUCAUUACACUUCUCCUUACAACCGACUUUGAGUAUAAGCCAGCAGACCAAGAGCGACCUCUGCGGCAGCACGUUAUCGUAUCAAAACCAUGCCUUCACGACGAGUGUCCUCCCCGGUCCGGAAUAAUCCGCGGGUCGUACGAAUCCGUCGAGAUGAUUCGGGAGGUGCCCGUCGAGAACGAUCCCCUUGCGUCUAAAACAUCAUUGGUGUCGACAGACCAGAGCUCUGAAGAAGUUCGGAGCUCUAGCUCGGAGUCACGCGACCACCAGUCCAUGGCCGUUGAAUGGAUAAUGAUAACCCGAAGCGAUCCUGGUGGCAGCGUGCCGCGCUUCAUGGUGGAAAAGGGCACGCCGCCGGGCAUUGUUGGAGAUGCUAGCAAGUUUGUCAAGUGGGUAACGGCCAUCUCGCUUCUCGACUCUAAGAGCGUCGAGAGCCUUGGAAAGCCGGGAAGUCCUGGCAAACUUGCCGAGGCAGAGACGCCGCGUGAAGCCGGUAGCCCGCGGGUGCUCCCUAUACACAAACCUCACCCCAGCGGCGACUUCAAGAAGAGAGACGCAGAGAUUGAAGCAGCGAGGAGAGAAUCAGUGCAGAGUAUCCCCAGUAGUAACGGUAUAUACGGCAUCAUAAGCGGGGUCUUUGAGGCGGCAUCUUCUGUCGUUGCCAGUGGACUACGGCAGCUGGGAACCCCUGAAGAGAGCCAGGCCAGCCUAACAGAUCUGGAAUCUAGGGCUGCUGAGGAGCACGAGACAGAUGCUGAGUUGUCCGAACUAAGCGAAACAUCAUCCAUACGUACAUUUAGAUCCGCCCUCGAAAGAUCUAUGACUGAAGAGAAUAGGGCCCGAAGUAUCGCAGGAAGCAAUUCAGACGAAUCCAAAACGCAAGGAAAGCAGCUGCUAGAAAAAGAACUUAAGAAACUCGAAGAGAAGCGGCGAAAGCUUGAUGAAAAGACGGCCCAUAUGCAGCAGCGCUUGGAGAGCAAGCGACGCGGCGGCAAGGAGAAGGACGAGGCAGUGGUGGCCAAGAUGCGUGAGAAGCACGAGAAGGAGAUCGCCAAGCAAGAAGCAAAAUACAGGAAAGAACUGCAGAAGCUAGAAGACAAGCGCGUGCACGAGGAGCGCAAGGCGGAGGCCCGCAGGCGGAAAGCCGCGGAGCGUGAAGAGAAGAUGAACCUGACGAUGGAGCUGGAGAAGACGCGGGCGGAGAGAGAUGUUGCGCUGAAACGGGUCGAGAUCCUUCAGACGCAGGUCGGCCAGCUUCAGUCGCAGAAUACCAUGUUGACGGCGAAGCUGGGACGGCUAGGGGGGUUUGAUAGGGCAGCCUCCGCGUCUUCCAAGGGCUCAGGGGUGGAGAGCACCAAGUCGACAUGA